AUGGAUGACUAUGAUAUGAUUGGGAACUUGCAUGACCUCAUUGAGGGUGAAUGUGUGGCUAGAAGGACCAUGAUGCAUCAAUUAUGGACAACAUCAAGGCAAAAAGAAUCCUUAUGGCUUCAAAAGUCAAAGAUUCAGUGGCUUAAGGAAGGGGACAAGAAUACUUAUUUCUUUCAAUGCACUGCGAAAGCUCGAUCACGUAGGAAUCUCAUAGCAAGUGUCAUGGUUGAUGGUUAUUGGGUUUUUAAGCUUAAUGGCAUCCACAAUACUGUUUAUGAUUACUUCAGAAAUCUUUUCAACAUCACCCAAUGGUCACAGCCUGUUUUUCAAGAAUUACAUUUCAAGAAAAUUAGUCUAUAUGAUGCUUUUAAUUUAAAGGCUCCCCCAUCUGUGGAUGAACUAAAAGACAUAGUUUGGAGUUGUGAUGGCUUUAAGGCUCUUGACCUUGACAGUUUCAACCUAAACUUUUACAAGAAAAAUUGGGUCAUGGUUAAGCAUGACCUCUUUGUUAUGAUUGCGGAUUUUAUGAUAACCGGUAAACUUGAAAAGGACCUUCACGGCUCUCAUUCCUAA